AAAACAAAAUGAGUAGUAAUAGCCCAAAAGUUGAAAAAUCUACUUCUUAAUUUAAUGGAAACGGAAAUGAAAAUUUUUUGUUUUUAAGUUAAAAAAAAGCUCAUAGAAAAAUUAAACUUGCUGAAUGUUAAUAAUCUAAUAAUCCUAUAUCAUCAAAUUAAUUUGAAUCAGAAGAAUUAAAUAAGAAUAAUAACAUUAUUGAUAUUAAUAACGAUAAUACUGAUGAUAAUAAUAAAAAAAACGUUUUUUAGAAGUUUUUUUCUUAAAUUAUUGAAAAAUAUUCUAAAUUAAGCCCUUAAAAUAAAAAAAUAUUAUUUUUAACUUCUGGAGUAUUUAUUAUUAUCUUUAUAAUCCUUAUUGGUUUAGGUAUAGGAGGUGUUUUAUCUUCUUCAUCUUCUUCUUCAUCUUCUCACGAUCAACUUAAAUAUAUUAAACCAAAUGAUGCAAUCAAAGUUCCUUAGUCAUUUUCUAAAUUUGAAAAGCUAAUUAAUUCUGGUCAAGAAUCUAAUAUAGUAUAAAUUAUACACGUCCCAAAAUCCUAAAAAAAUUACGAAUACAAAUUAGUAAAUGAUUAAACGACAAUAUCAGGAGACAAUAAAACUUAAAAAGAACGCCAGGUUAUAACACAUACAUUUGCCCUACUUUGUGCUGGAGUAGACAAUGAAGCAUUCGACAUGUAUUUGUAUUUCAAAAAUACUGUAAAAGAGGAAAAUGGAGUAGUUACUUCUAAAUUAACAGGUUUUCCAGAUAUGAUUGAAAAGGAAAAAACUGCCACAAGAAAUAUGGUUGCAUAAUAAAAUACUCAAUAGUCCUAAGAUUAAUAAGCUUCUUAAUAAUAGAAUGACGAAUAUGGGCCUUUAACAGCUGAAGAAAUCUCUAUUUUGUCAAGUAAAGGUAUUACAGAAACUUAGUAUAUUAGAAGUAGAUAUCCUAUAAUUAGAUUUAAGAUUAGUAAAUAAGGAAAACCUUUUAAAUUUUUCAUUCCAUUAAAUUUAAGAUAUGAUCUGUAAAAAAUCUACAUGAAUAUAAUUGAAUAAUUAGCACCUUUAGUAUCUUCUGAUAUAUAUAAUGUAGUAAAAGAUGACCCAGAAACAGGCAAAAAGAGAAUUUUGAAAGAAAGAUCUAAAGAAUAUUCCUACAGAAGUUUAAAUGAUGAAAUUAUUAAACCAAAAUUAGAAGCCACUAUUAAAGAAAAUGGAGAAAAUGUACUCACAUCAGAAGAAACUGAAGAAAAAGUCGGAAAGACAAACACUGUUUCUACAUCUAUUAUUGUUAAUGGAAGUUUAUUGGAAAGUAAAUAAACUACUACUUUUAUUAUUACAGAUGAUUCCGCAAAAAAUGGUGGAUAAACACCAUUGUUUAACUCAAUAGAAUAAAAAGCUGAAGUAAUAAUAAAAUUCAUUUCAUAAGAUGAUGCUAUAGAUGAUAAAUUAUAUAACUAAGUCACUUUUUAUUAAUAAUCAAUGAGUGUAUUACAAUUAAGUUACGAUGAUGCUUUUUUAUUAAAUAAAUCAAAAAAUACUGCUACUCCAGCAGAUUCUGAAACUUAAAGACUUUUAAAUGAAUAAAAAGCUGAAGAUGAAAAGCCAGCUUUAGAAAAAGACUAACCUUAAUAACCCCCUAAACCUAUGGGAGAAGUAAUUGAUAAGCCUAUUUUUAGAUAGAAAUUUGCUUCUGUUGAAUUCGGAGCUAAUAUUAAAAGUGAAUGUAUUGAAUCUGGUUUUAUAGCAUCUACUGAUGUAUGUACUGUAGGUAUUUAUGGAUAUUUUGAUGGAUAAUUAACUAAAAUUAUUGAAAGAUAAACAAGAAUUAAUGUAUCUAAACUAUUGAAAUAUUAUUAAUAUGUAUAACAUGCUUUAAGUGGAAAAGUAGGCUCUUUAGUAGAUAAUAUAUAGGGAAGAGUUGAUGAAAUUUUUAUAUCAUUAAAUGCUAUAAUUGAUAAAGCUGAACAGCUUCUAGAUAUUAAAUAAAAUCCUAUUUUAAAAGAAAUUGUUCCUUUUAUAGAUUAAGAUUAAUUGAAUAUUAUGGCUAAAAUUACUAACGUGGAGACAUUAAUUAAUUCAUAAAUAAAAAAUAUAAAUAAAAUUGUUUCUGAUCCAUUAAGCUUUUUCAAAGAUAAGAUUUUAUCCUUUUUAUAAAAAAAAUAAAUCAGUAUAGAAAGUUAAGUAACCAAUUUAAAGAACUUCUAUAAUGACAAACUCAAAAAAAUCUACGAUUAUAUAGUGAAAUACAAAUUAACAGGUAUCUCUUAAUAGAUAUAAAAUCAAAUAAAGAUAUUUUUAUCAAACUAUGAAUCCAUAUUAUUUUAACUAAUAGAAGAACCUGCUAAAAAACUUCUCGAUGAAGUCUAAAAAUUCUUACUUUAAAAAGGUAAUGAAUUAUUUUCUAAAGUAUCCGAAGUAGAUAAACUUGUAUCUUCCAAAACAGAAAGCAUAGUCUAAUAGUCAAUGGAUAAAGUCAAAGCUACUGCAGAAGAAAUUAAAAAAAAAUCAUAAAUUCCAAAUUAAAUAAAAAAGAUGUUAAGUAGUUAGUUCAUAUUAGAUUAUUUACGUGAAUUUAUAAAAAAAGCAAUUUAAAAAAUAACUAGUCAAUUUGACAUAACUAAAAUGCUUACUGAAGGUCUAAAAUAAUUUUUAUAAGUCGGAAAAAAUAAAAUUCUUAUGGAAAUGGAAAAUAUAAAAACUACAGUCAAUGAAAAAGCUGAAAAAGCAAACAAUGAAGAAAUUUAAGUUCUUUUUGAGGAAAUAAAUAAUGUAGUAAGUUUCUCAACUGACCUUUAUUCUGGACUUAAAGAGUUAAAAAAUGACGUUAAUUAAAUAAUAUAAUCCUUAAAGAAAAUAUAAGGAACCGAAGUGAUUGGUAUGGUUAAAGGUCUAACUUAAUAAGUAGUUGAUUUGCCCAAAGAAAUCCUCGGAAAGCUAAAAGAAUAAGGAAAAGAAGUUUUAAAUAAAUUAAAAUCAUUAGGAGGAAAAAUAAAAGAAAAUUUAAUAGAUUGGAAAAAUGAAAUAUUUUAAAUUUCGAAGUCUUUAUUAAAAAACAUAAAAGGAAUAUACGAUGAUAUCAGAGACUUUUUUAAAAAACCAUAAUUCCCUAAAAACGACGAAAAUUAUUACAAAGAACCAAUAUUUAGUGAAGUGAAGGAUUUAGUCGGAAGAAUAAAAGGUGUAUUCACUGAUACAAAAUUUACAAGAGUGACUGCCAUUUAUGAAAGAUUUAAAACUUUCCCUUAAAGGUUUUUUGAUUUUGUUGCCUAACUUAAAGAAUUCGGAAUGAACUAAUUUAAAUACUGGGAUUAACUUAAACUGUCAAUAAGCAAUGUUAAAGACGAAAGUAAUCUUUUAUGGAUAAAUAUCAAAUAAAGUGCAUUUAAAAUAAGAGAUUAUUUCAAAUCGUUUUAUUAAAAAGUACUUUCUCUAACUGGUUAUGGUUCUAAAGGGCGACUAUUAAACGAUGAAAUUCCGGUAGCAGAUUUUUCAGGGAAAGGGAAUGACGAUUUACCAGACUUAUAAGGACUUUAAACUGAGUUUGGUGAUUCAUUCCAAUAAGCAUUAGCUUCAGCUUAAGAUUUGGUAAAAGAUGGGAUCGGUAAAGCACAAGAAUAUGUGAAUGAUUUCAAAGAAUAAGUCGUUUAACAAGCUGAUACAACGGGUACUUCUUACAAAGAAUUGAUAGCAUAACUUAUAAAGAAAUUUAAUAUUGAAAAAUCUUUCCCAUUCCCAAAUUAUACAUAAAAAGUGGAAUAUAAUUUCAAUUACAAAAUUAAAAUCGGAUUGGAAUUUUAAAUAACCCUUUAUGCAUAAUGGUAAUUAGGUUUCAAUUUCAAAGUUUCUGUAAAAAACGCAAUUUUAGACCUGACAGCAGGUGCAAACACAAGAGUAGAAGUAAAAGGAAGUAUUAAAUUAGACUGCGGAUAUGGAUAAGUAGGAGGUUCUGCAGAAGGUGUAUUAUUAGAUACUUCUAUUACUUUUGGUUUAAGUUUAAGACCUUUGGAAAAAUUUAAAGGUAGUUUAUAUAUAGAUGGAUAUUUUAAUGCAUAUGAUUUCACUUUAAAUGCUUAUUUAACUAUUUUGAAUUAAAAAGAAAGCGUGAAUUGCCAAGAAAAAAGACUUUUGGCAAAAGAAACAGCUAAAAAAGCUGUAGUUGAUUAAAAAAACAAAAAUACAGAAAAAUCAUUGGUAAAAAGUUCAAUUUAAAAUAUAGUUAAUAGUAAAGCACCACCAAUUGUAAAAAAAGUCGUUGGCAAAGAAGAUCCAUGUAAAACAGUUAUAAAUAGCGAGCCAUAAAAAACUAAUUUACUUGGACCUAUUGAAUUAAAAGGAAAAGUAUAUAAAGAAAGAAUUUAUGAAGUAAGUUGGUGAUAUGUUAGAUUA